UAGCUGUUGGAGAUUGCCGAUGCGUAUGCGAAGGAAAUUCACGCCGUUGGUUUUCUGUCCCAGGCUGCUCAAAUUCCAUCUUGACCAUAUCUGAAAUACUACAUUGGAUAUAUUCCGUUAUUGUUUGGUCGGACGGUAAUACUCGGUGGUUAUAUGGGACCGUUGAAAUUGUCCUCAAGCCAGUGCACGGACUGGAGGAUUUGAAAGCGGAGCUGCACGCGCUUCACGGUCCUGAAUGCAUCGCACAUUGGAUUCAACUUCGGAAAAGUUUACCAUUUUCUCGGAAGCCAGCGGACUUGGUUUAUACCUGUAUUGUGAGAUGCGCUAAAUUGUCCCGGAGGAAAAGGACACCGUUUACGUGCUGACGUGUGAUUUCUACUCCAAUGCGUACUACAAGAAUAUGCUGACAUUAAUUGAAGUAAAACAACACACCGUAGUUAUACUAGCUGUAGCUGUCAUAUCUCUAUCUUCCGGUGCGUGUUCAAAAUCUACAACCUUUUCGGUAUAAUGACCUGGAGCUGAGACUGGACAUUGAGGAUUCCCUCCGAACUAAUAGAAGUGCGGUUCGGAUCAUGAAGUCAGUUAAUGAUCUUUUUGUUUUAAGUCUGUUGCUGGGCUCAGCCAUCGUGUCCUGGAGCGCGACCAUCAACAACAAUGAAGUGGACAUGACUAAGCUGGGUUCUAGUGAAUUUGGGAGCGUGUAUAACUUCAGCACCUUCCUGAUGGAUACUUCAUCUGGGAUUCUGUACCUGGGAGCACGGGAUGCUGUCGUCGCCGUGGAUACUUCUAAUCUAUCAAAGUGGAAGACGAUUGACUGGAGUGUUGCAAAAGAGAAGAGGAGAUCUUGUGUUGCUAAGGGAAAAACCGAGGCCGAUUGCAGGAACUACGUCCGUCUGUUAGAGUUUUUGGAAGAUGGACGAAUAUAUGCUUGUGGGACCUUUGCCUUCGACCCUCAGUGUGCCUUCAUUAACAUCUCUUCAUUCUCAUUGGAGAAGCAUGAGGAUGGCAAUGUGAAGAUGGAGACGGGGAAAGGGAAGUGCCCAUUUGAACCUCGCCAGCAUUACACUGCCGUCAUGGCAGGAGGAAUUCUUUACACUGCCGCCACUAGUAAUUUCCUUGGCACAAUGUUCGAUAUAUCCAGGGCAACGGGCAUCGAGCAGGAACGCAUCCGGACCGAACAAUCCAUCAGCUGGCUUAGUGAUCCAGAGUUUGUCAGUUCUGCCUUCAUCCAUGAGGAUGAGGAGUAUAACCCUACCGGUGAGGAUGACAAAAUUUACUUCUUCUUCACUGAAGUUGCUAAAGAAUAUGACUUCUACACCAAAGUCAAAGUGCCCAGGGUGGCAAGAGUCUGUAAGUCUGAUGUAGGUGGUAUGAAGACUCUGCAGAGGAGGUGGACGACAUUUUUGAAGGCCCAGCUGGUGUGUGAAGAUCGAGCCAGUGGACAGCGUUUUAACGUUCUGACAGAUGUCUUUACUAUACAGCACAAGCGAGGAGACCCCAGCAGCACACACUUCUAUGGAAUAUUCACCUCACAAUGGGAACGCGAGGAGCUUUCUGCCGUGUGUGUGUACAGUUUGGAGGAGAUCACUAAGGUCUUGAAUGGCCCCUUUAAAGAGCUAAAGAAGAGCUGUGAGAACUGGAUUAACCCGGAGCCCAUACCAAUACCACGACCAGGACAAUGCUUGAACAGUGCUCUGAGGGAACAGGGCUUUGAGUCCAGCCUGAAGCUGCCUGACAAAGUGCUGACGUUCAUGCGGGAUCACCCGCUCAUGAAGAACAAUGUGGUGGCUGCACCGCUAAUGAUCAGGAAAGGAAUCACAUACACAAAACUUGCAGUUACCUUGACAACAGCCCCCAGUGGUCCUAAUGAACAGACGGUCACGGUUUUGCAUCUUGGAACUGAUCGAGGAGAGCUACACAAAGUUGCCGUGGUUGGACCUAAUGCAACUCUGAUCGAAGAGGUCCCCCUGUUUUCUGUACAAGAGCCAGUGAAUAACAUAUUGCUACUCGAGAACGAGGCUCUGGUCGGUUCCCCUCUCUCUCUGGUGAAGUUACCCAUAGGGGGGUGUUCUAUGUACACUCCCUGUGAAGUGUGUGCACGUGCCCGGGUCCUCGGCUGUGUGUGGAGGCAUAAAGAGCAAGCUUGUGAUACGGCAAAGCAUGGUAAAGACGAAGAUUUGGUCAGCCAAUGCAACAAAGGUGAAGGUCUUUGCUCCCCACCAGUGACUGAAUUGCGUGUCGAAGAGGGUCUGCGUGUUUUGCUUUCUUGCGUGCAACUGUCCCCUCGUCCCUGCCGCUGGGUCUCUCCUACCUUGAGCCAAACCCGCUUGCACAACUAUGACCUGGAGGUUAAGGUCACACCGGACAGCCUAGGCAACUACAUCUGUUUUUGCGACGAAGUUGGCAGAGAUCAGCCGCCCUGUCGCAAAGCCGAGUACCAGCUCACCCAUAAGAGCCCUAGCAUUGGGGGGAACAUGGCCGUCGCUGGUGGCCGUCACUUCUUGGCCUCGAACGUCAUAUUUCUCGUGGUUGGUUUUGUUAUAGGUGUCAUCUUAUUAUUUGUGAUUUACAAACGGCAAGGAGGGAUGCGGGGUGGCGGGCACUCUUCCUCCACGUUAGAAAAGGGGCGGGACUUGCUCACUUCCACAGAAACUCCCCAGUCUCCGAGCAGUGCCAGUUUCCUGUCGGAGGCCGUGCCAUUAACAGAGAAAAGGAACGGAACUCUGAACGGACACGGCAUGCCUUCGGGUGGUCUUAAUGGAAGGCAUAUUUAUACCAACUCAGGUGGACUGAAACUGCAGGACUCAGCUGUUAACCUGGCAGAAGAACUGGAUGGUAGAGAAAGGGCGGGGCCAGAUGGAGAAGAGGAGGGGCUUGGGGAUGUGCUCAGUGAGAUGGAGGAGGAGUUUUCCAAGCUGCCUUGUCUGAGAGGAGCACCGCUGGCACUAUGUGAGGAGAGCUCUAUCUGAAGACCGGCACGCCCUUUUCUGUAAAAGGCCGAGUAUGCAUGCUGACAAACACAGACAACACAAUUUUGUGUGUUUUCCAAGUGUUGAGGUGUGGAAGGAGGAAGAAGCAGACAAUCAGAGAAACUGACAACAUACAUUCCAAAUAUGUAAGAAACGCAAGCGGUCACACAAAGAAGCACACACACAAUCAUGUGCGUACACAAAAUACGUGCGCUAGAAGUUCCUCUACUAUUGUACUCCAUUACGUUGUCAUCUAGUCCAUUCACUCCAGUGUACAUUUAGUGCUGCGUCUAGUUCUGUGUGUAUUCUUCGGUUUCUGCAUGUGUUGGAUCAGGUCGAUGGUAAGAUAAAGAGCAAGUGUUUUUUAUAGCCAGCUAUCAGCACUUUGACACGCCGUCCUCAAAGCCGUGCACACAUGCAUACACAGUCUGUGUAGUUCAGUACGCUCUGGUCUGUUUCCUGUUCCACAAUUCUUUCAAAGGGGAAAUUACCUUUAUCCGUCUGUAGACCAGAGAAGCACAGAGCCGUGUAACAUUUGCCCAUUCUACACAGCCAGAUUUAAUACCAUAUGAAGGGCUUUUCAGCAAAAAAAAAACCACUGUGUGAUGCUUGUCAGCAGAAGAUAAUCUAUUCAUGAGGGAUAAUAGAACCAUGAUGACAUUUUUGCUAUACUGACAAAGUGGUAAUCUCUGUACUGUCAGGCACUGUGGCAUAUGUAAGACUUCCAGGUCACUCUGUGCAAUAUGAAAACACUUACUUAGGUAAAAUGUCUGCAUCUUUUGGAUGUCUGAUUGGAAGAGCACGACUGAAUAGAAAA